AAUCGAUGGGGAACCCGAUGGGAACCGGGGAGACCCCAAAAAUGAUGGGGAACCCGAUGGGAACCGGGGAGACCCCAAAGGGAACCAUGAAAAUCCCAAUGGGAACCGCGGGGAAGCCAAGGAGAGCUGUGGAGAACUCCAGAACUGUGCAGAACCCAAAGGAAACUUCAGAGAUCCCAAAAGGAACAGAGAACCCAAUGGGAGCCACGGAGAUCCCAAAAGGGACAGAGAACCCAAUGGGAGCCACGGAGAUCCCAAAAGGGACGGAGAACCCAAUGGGAACCAUGGAGAUCCCAAAAGGGAUGGAGAACCCAAUGGGAGCCACAGAGAUCCCAAAAGGAACCACGGAGAACCCAAAACUGAUGGAGAACCCGACAGGAACCGGAGAGAACCCAAUGGGAACCACAGAGACCCCAAAACCCACAGAGGUCCCCUUGGAGACCCCAAACCCCAUGGAGGUCCCAACAGAGAACCCAAACCCCAUAGAGAUCCCCACAGAGACCCCAAAACCCACAGAGACCCCAAACCCCAUAGAGAUCCCAACGGAGACCCCAAACCCCAUAGAGACCCCCACAGAGACCCCAAAACUCACAACAGAGCCCCCAAACCCCAUAGAGAGCCCAACAGGAACCCAAAAUUCCAUAGAGGUCCCAAUAGAGGCCCCAAACCCCACAGAGACCCCAAACCCCACAGUAGAGACGCCAAGCCCCAUAGAGACCCCCACAGAAACCCCAAACCUCAUAGAGAUCCCCAAGGAGACCCCAAAACCCAUCGGGGUCCCAAUGGAGACCCCAAACCCCACAGAGACCCCCCCAGAAACCCCAAACCUCAUAGAGAUCUCAACGGGGACCCCAAACCCCACAGAGACCUCCAAACCCAUAAAGGUCCCAUCAGAGACCCCAAACUCUCUAGAGGUCCCAAUGGAGACCCCAAACCCCACAGUAGAGACCCCAAACCCCAUAGAGACCCCAAACCUCAUAGAGACCCCCACAGAGACCCCAAACCCCACAGAGACACCAAACCUCAUAGAGACCCCCACGGAGAUCCCAAAACCAAUUGGGGUUCCGAUGGAGACCCCAAACCCCACAGUAGAGACCCCAAACCACCCCACAGAGACCCCAACCCCCCCCCCGGGGGUCCCCGGUCCUGAUGCUCCCCUCUCCCCCCAGGCUGAACCCAGCCCCCCGAUGGAGCCUGGAGCUGCAGUGGAGGAGGAGACGCCGCGGCUGCGGGACGCCUCGCAGGUGGUGGCAGCAGAGCUGGCGGAGCUGCAGCGUGAGCAGCGCGAGGUGGACGGCCGGGCAGAGAGCGUGGAGCAGGAGCUGCGGGCACUGAUGGCGUCGGGUACGGGGGCACCGUGGCCCCAUAACGGCCCCAUAGCCCAUAACAGCCCCAUAACGGCCCCAUAGCCCAUAACAGCCCCAUAAGGGCCCUAUAGCCCAUAACAGCCCCAUAAGGGCCCUAUAGCCCGUAACAGCCCCAUAAGGGCCCUAUAGCCCAUAACAGCCCCAU